AUGAUACUGAUAUACUUAGAUUAACUAUGAUGGUAAAAGUUAAUUAAUUUUUUCAAUAGUCACAAAUAUUCCUAGAUAGGAUUGUUGUUAAGAAGUUCCAGGAAAAAUUUAAAGAAAUAACUUAAAAAGGAAAAAUGAGUAUUAUACAAAUUAAAUUAAACUAUUCAUAUAUAAAUUAUUAAACCUGGACCACCGGCGAAUAGUGA